AUGUCAACCGUGAGAAUAUUUGAUCACGCCUGGAUACAAGUUAUCCAGUUUAAUUUGGAUAUGGCUGAUAUUGAUAGUUACCUUGAUAGCUCACCUCCCGGGAGUCCGAUUCCAGAUUUUCGUGACUCAGAGGAGGCCAACCUACCUCAAAAUUCUGCUUCCCAUACACCGUCAUCUCAGCUCCCUGGCUCAGAGAGAUCGCAUCAACUUGCAGCCACAACAGUAAUAGUCUGCCCAGAUAUGGGCCACUUCGCUAUUGCUCUUUCUCGCAAUCUGGGGCUCAAAGCAGGGGCUCACGAAGAGCUAAUCAAGUUUUCCAGAUUUCCGAACACGAGUGAGGCGAUGGUCUGGCAAGCAGGCCAGAUUCUCUCUCUGAAGGAGACCAUGGCUGUAAUCCAACCUCCCAAUGCCAAGUUUGAGAUACCUGAAGUCCUUGAGGUAUGGAACUGCUUCAGUGGUCUUCCGAUGCUAACUAUAUUUCUUGAUCCAACGCUUUCGGCAUACAAAGACCAUCCCAACAAAAAGUUACAUAAUGCCUUGAAGAACCGCGCUGCUGAAAGUGGCCUCACACAAUCUAUCCAGGGUCAAAAGUCUGCUAUGAAAGUCAUCGGAAAGAAGAUCAGUAAUCGCUUUAUUCAUCACCGAAAUGAUGCCAAGGAGGCGAUUGCAAUGUCCUUUGGAGAAUUUGAUGAAAAGACUGGGAAGUUCACCGGCUUAUCCUUAGGUGUUAUCGCACUCACAGCAGAGAUCAUUACGGCGGUUGGAGGUCGGUCAUAUGAGCAUGACAUCUCAGUUCCCCUGGUUGGUCGCAUUGCAUUUCUGUGGCACACCUACGCACUCUGUCCGAAGAACAAUAGCACAGGCCGAGUAUCUGGAAUGUACUGGGAUGAGGUCGACAAGGCCCUUGACAAGAUCCGCAAAUCCAAGAACAAUGAUAAGACCUGA